AUGAUGCGGCGCUUUGAAGUUUAUGUUUGGUUGCGUUACGGUCCAUUGUCGCGUGCGUCUUUCGGGAUACGGCGCACGGCUUGCGUGCACCGGCGGAGGCGCGGACGCAGCCGCCGGCCGCGGCUUAUUACGAUGCUGGGGCGCUCCACGGUGUCGCAAGCGCGGCCGGGGCGAUUCACCCCGCGCCGUGACAAUUACCUUGCUUGCGUAAGCCCCCGCUUAGCAUUCCCCGAGCGGCGGCGCCGGCGCCAAUUAUGCCGCCGC